GAUUAAAGAAAAGUAUAUAAAUCCAGCUUCUGGGAUCUUUCUCCAGCUUUAUCUCAAUCCAAAAACAGAGUUUUAACUUCUUUUGGUGCAUUUUGAAAUUAUGGCACCGAAAGCAACUAAACAGCAACUUCUAACACUUUUGCGUCUUCUUCUUCUUCUACUGGUUUUCUCAGUGGCAGCAGCCUCCGCCUCAAACACCUCAACCAUCGUCACCGCUCUACCGGGCUACGGCGAGCUACCCUUCACGCUUGAAACUGGAUAUAUUGGUGUAGGAGAUAACGAGACAGUGCAGCUAUUUUACUACUUUGUUGAGUCACAAAGAAGCCCUUCGAGAGACCCUCUCCUGUUUUGGAUCACUGGAGGCCCUGGUUGCUCUAGCCUCGCCGGGUUUUUCUUUGAGAGUGGUCCUUUAACUUUCACACUUGGAAACUACAAUGGAAGCCUACCAGCACUUCAGGAUAACCCAUGGGCAUGGACGCAGAGCCUCAACAUCAUAUAUUUGGAUGCACCCGUUGGAGCUGGGUUCUCUUAUUCAGAAAGCCAGGAAGGCUAUGAAAUGGACGACUAUAAAUUUGUAGCACAAGCCUAUGAAUUUCUAAUAAAGUGGUUGGAUUUACACCCUCAGUUUUUGGAAAAUCAACUCUAUGUCGGUGGCGACUCCUACUCCGGAAUACCUAUUCCGAUGAUUGUGCAACAAAUAGUGAUAGGUAACGAAGGUGGAACUGUGCCAUUGCUUAACCUCAAAGGGUAUGUGCUUGGAAAUCCAGUGACAGAUUCAUUCACUGACAUGAAUGCAAGAGUCCCUUAUGCUCAUCGGCUUACUCUCAUAUCAGAUCAACUCUACAAGUCGGCCAAAACAAGUUGCAACGGCAAUUAUGUGAAUAUAGAUGCUACCAAUUAUGACUGCACCUCAGACGUUGCUGCCAUUAGUAAGCUGACAAAUGAUAUAAAUUUGGUACACAUUUUGGAACCAUAUUGCAGCAAUGCAAUGCCAGCGCCAAAUGAAGACGUAGAGUCGGUCCAAAGAUACCUCUCGAAAGUGUCUAGCCCUUCGCUUUGGUGUCGUAGUUAUAACCAUAUGCUGUGCUACAUCUGGGCGAAUAACAAAGGUGUCCAAGAGGCUCUUGGUGUUCGACAGGGGACAAAAACAUUUUGGCAAUACUGUAACACCACUUUAGCUUAUACUAAGGAUGUCACUAAUGUUGUUGGCUAUCAUCGAAAUCUCACCAAUGCUGACCUACGAUUCUUGAUAUACAGCGGUGAUCACGACAUGUCAAUUCCACACAUUGGCACACAAGAAUGGAUAAAUUCUCUCGGUUUGUCUACAGAUGAAAGCUGGAGAGUAUGGUCACUAGGUGGUCAAACUACAGGAUACACAAAGAAGUUGAUCAAUGAGUAUUUCACUUUGACAUUUGUGACUGUAAAGGGAGCAGGCCACUUUGCAGCAGAAUACAUGGUUAAGGAGUGUGCUGCCAUGAUAGAUAGGUGGAUGGCUUAUUUCCCCAUUUAAGUGUGACUGAUUGACAUUUAUUUGGUGAAGUGACAUUGUGGAAGCACGUUUGCUUCAAUUGAAAAUUUUAGCACUUCAAUAGUGAUUGAGAAUAAAGAAACUCUGAAAAGUCUUUCUCUCGGCUCA